GGCGUUCCCCUUUCUCGUUUGGUUCUGUUUCGCUUUCUGAAACUGUCAACUAACUCCAGGAAAUCAAGGCGUGGAAUUUCCAAAUUCCAAUUCCCCAUCCUUUCGUUUCUCUCAUUUUCCCUCAAUCCAAACAGCACUUAAUCCGUUCAAUGUGAGAUGGGGAGAAUCAAGCAUGAUAGAACCAGAGAGGUUGUUGCUUGCGGGUGCUCUAGAAGACCCGGUAAAUCAAAGAUUUGUCCUGCUUUCUGACAGUUGUGUUCCCCUUUACAGUUUUUGCUAUAUAUACAAGUAUCUGAUGGCUUCUCCAAGGAGUUACGUGGACAGGUAGAUGGCAGCCUUCUUGAUUCUUGAGGUGCCUAGAAUUGAUUCUUUACAAAUGGUUCCAUGAUAAAUGAAAUGAUAGUGUUCUAUCUGUUUUAAGCCCUUUCUGGUUCCUACUGGAGAAAUCACUUCAUUUUGUAGCUUUCUUAAUGUAAAGGGUAGUAGAUAAAGCUCGAAGAUGUCACCUUUCAUCCCAAAAGACAAGUGGCGAAAAGGAUCUCAGUGGAUCUCCUUGGUAAGAAGCCAUGCUGAAGUCGUUAUAAAUGAUGAGAUCAUUUUUCCAGUCUUUAAGAAAUUAUGCAAGAUGAGUGAACUUGAAGGUGCACUUGAGAGAAGAACACUGACCUAUACCUUGUGGAAUCAGGCAGCAACCAAGAUAGAGAAUAAUUGGCAUCCUGUUACAUUUAGCUAUGAAGAUGCAGACCCUAAAUGGAUCAAUGAAAUAAAGGUUAUUACUUCUCAUCCCUAAUGUUAUUUGCUUUUCAUCAAGUCCACUUCUUUUUGAUCAAUUCAUUUUUCUGUGCUCCGGAUGGUAUUUUAAUCCCUUAAAUUUGACGUUCAUUGGGGGCUUUGCUUUGUAUAUUUCAUUGCUUUCGUUGUUUUAUUGAACAGGCUAUCAACCGUGUGAACAAUGAGAGUGAAUUUAGGACUGAGUUGAUGCGGGAGCAUAGUGUUCUUUUUAAUGAUUAGUUUUAGGGUUGUUUGUUUUGCAUUAAAAUCCUCAAAUUAAA